ACAUAUCGUAAUGUUGCCUCUGUGCCAUUAACCUUGUGAUCAUCUCCUGGCUCCGCGCGGCUGUUUUGCGGCUCCAUUAGGACGUUGGCAGCCUCUCCCAGGUCUCGCAAGAACCAUGAGGACUAGGGGCUGGUUUCUCCAACUACUCCUGCUGCAGCACAGUGCUUCCCAUGUCCUACACUGGACAUACAGAGAAGGGGAAUUGGACGAAGCCCACUGGGGAAACCAUUUUGCGGAUUGCCUGGGGAAGCGCCAGUCCCCUAUCAAUAUUCAGAAGAGGCAUGUCAAAUACAAUCCAGAACUGGAGCCAUUUGACUUCGUGGGUUAUGGAGGGCCGUUGCAUGGAAAUUUCACAAUGAUCAACAACGGGCAUUCCGUGCAAAUAGACCUACCUUCAUCCAUGGGCAUCAUCAAAGGGCUUCCUGGGGUCUUCACAGCUAUCCAGUUCCAUUUUCAUUGGGGAGGAUUGGAUCUUGAGGCCAGUGGUUCUGAACAUACAAUUGACGGAAUGCGAUACAUUGCUGAACUGCACAUUGUCCACUACAAUUCAGGCAGAUAUUCAAGUUUUGAAGAAGCGAAGGAUAAGCCCGACGGAUUGGCGGUCCUGGCUUUUCUAUAUGAGGAGGGGAAUUUAGAAAACACUUACUACAGCAAUUUCAUUGCCAGCUUGGCCAAAAUCAGGUUUGCAGGGCAGUCCACCGUGCUGCACACCCUUGACAUCUUGUCCCUGUUGCCUGAAAACCAUGCAAAUUUCUACAGAUACCCAGGCUCUCUUACUACACCCCCCUGUUCAGAGACUGUGAUCUGGACUAUAUUUGACUCACCCAUCAAGCUGUCCCAUGCACAGAUUAGGAUACUGGAGAAUGCUUUACUUGACUGGAAGAACAACACCUUGAGGAACGAUUACCGCCGCGCCCAACCCCUCAACAGCAGGGUGGUUGAAUCCUCUUUCCACGUCAAACUUGCUGAAGAAUUUUGCCACCCAGAAACCUUCACUUUGAGACUGGACGAAAUACAGACCCAGCUUCGGGAAAUGAAGAAGUAUCUUGUGGAUGUCAUGAGCAAGCCUGGUGGCAGUUCAGGCUCGUUCCAGGCUUUUUACUUCCCCUCUGAGAACGUCGGCAGCUACGUUGAGGUCCGUCCCCUGCUAGAGAUGAAUUUCCAUACCUUCACACUUUGCUUCUCGUCCCAGCACCAUAACCGAGGGACCCAAACUGUGCUCCACUAUUCCACCCAGGACAGGGAAAAAGAAUUGGUGGUCACAGUGGGCUCAGCUGUGGGCAUUUGGAUUGGAGAUCAAUCUCUGCUAUUUAACCUGCAUCAUAAGUCUGUGGAGUGGUUGCACCAGUGCAUUACUUGGAACUCACACACUGGGAUUGUAAAUCUGUGGGUCAAUGGAGCUGAAAGCACAGGCAAGAGUAUCGAAAAGGGUCACGUGAUCCAAAAGGGCGGGACACUCAUCCUUGGCAAGGAGAAGAAUUUGCUGUUUGAUGUUUUCUCCAAUGGGUUUUCUGGUUGGCUGAGCCACCUCAACCUCUGGAAUCGUGUCCUUGGCCAGUCAGACCUUGAGAAACUCACCCUUUGCAAGAAUGGUGUUGAGAAGGGAAACGUCAUCGCGUGGGGGGAGACGCACAUGACGAUGUUCGGGGGAGUGGUUUUGGACAUGGACAGCAGCUGCAAAUAAUACUCAUUUUAAAAAACAGUGGCCUUGGAAAUUGUUGCUGGUGAAACCACUGACAAAAUAUUGUGUUUAUUUUUUCUGUAUGCUAUAAAAAGGGCAGGUUCCUUCUC